AUGGAUUCAACAACACUUAUUAACCAAUUUGAUUCAGCAUCAUUACCCGAAGAAUCAGUUUCAGCUCUAGAAUUUGAUCAUGAUAAACCAAAUUUCGAUUUGAAAAAGAAGAAUAAUGAAACCAAGAAUAAUGGUGGUUACCAACUCGCUAAAAAACGAUCUGCCUCUACAGGUAAAUCUCGUGAAAUGGCAAGAAAUUCAAGUUCGAGUCAGAAAGAAUCUUACUUAACACCAUCAGAAUCUUAUGUCAUGUUACCACGCUCACAUUUACCCGAUAAGGAUACUAAUGAUGAUAGACAACGAGCUAGCAUCAGUUGUCAUUUAAAAAUUACUAAUCGACUUUUUGACCUGAUGAAUUCAAGAUCUGAGCCGUCACAUCCAAUUUGUCAGGAGUGUGUUGACAUUUUAUUGGGUAACUUGAAUAGACAAUUAACUGAUGCUUCGAAAGAACGAGAUUUUUAUAAAGGUUUUCUAGAAAAAGCGAACAAAAGCAUUAUUGGUGACGCUGACGCAGAAAAAAUCCAAAAAGAAAUCCAAAAGGUAAGUUAUUGUUAUUGGAAUGAAUUUAAUAAUUUUCAUAAUCAAUUUCAAACCUUUCAAAAUGAAAGGGAUAGUAUUAAUUUAAAAUAUGAUCAUGAUACUAAAUUAUUAGAAAAAUUACAUAAAACUAAUGUUUAUAAUGAUACCUUUUGUAUUGGACAUGAUGGAAACUUUGGGACAAUAAAUGGAUUUAGACUUGGUCGUUUACCUAAUAUCACGGUGGAAUGGCAUGAAAUUAAUGCUGCAUGGGGUCAAACAUUAUUAUUGUUGGUAACAAUUGCUAAUAAACUUAAUGUUACAUUCAAAAAUUACAGAUUAAUUCCUUUGGGUUCUUUUUCGCGAGUUGAAAAAAUUGAUGGUGAUAAUAUAGUGAGUUAUGAAUUGUAUGGUACAGGUGAUAUAGCAACAGGAAGAUUAUUUCAAAAUCGUCGUUUUGAUAGCGCGAUGGUAGGAUUUUUGAAUUGUCUACAACAAUUAGGUGAAUGUGUGGAAAGUAAAGAUUCUAAAUUGAAGUUACCAUAUCGAUUACAAUUUAAUCCAGAGGAAUGGACUAGAGCACUCAAGUAUACUUUGGCCAAUAUUAAAUGGAUUUUAGCGUACGCUUCAUCAUUAACAAACAACGGAUCAGACUAA